AUGACACGCGUCGCAAAGCCGCAAAUGACCACGGCAAAGGUCCCCAUGCAUGGGCGCGUCUUGCUCGAGAUGAUGAGCUGCGCUCGCCCCAGCUCUGCGUCCGGUGUCCGGUGCUCGCUCGCGGUAAGCCCGGCACUUGUCACAUCCCCACGACGCUAUGCCGCUCCGUUCGGGCUACGGACAACCGUGUGCCCCGAAGGGGCCAACGUGGAAACCUACCUACUAUGUACCAAGGGGGAAAGAAUUGGCGCCACAACGGCUGGGUACAAGGGCCAUCACAAGGCUCAGACUCGAGGACGUUCACCAGAAGAAAAACAAGUGACCGCCGAGAUCUCCGCAGCCGUCAUCAAAGUCACGAGGGCCAAACAGCCUGACCACCAGCCAUGCCGACUUUGUUACCUUGUCAUUCGUCGCAACAGCGCCGAGAGACACUCCGUGCGAAAUGCAGGUCGGGACGCCGCCGGCGGGCGAACGGGUACCGCCAACGCCGUCGACGCCUCGCCAGGCGCCCCAUUUUCCUUCCCGCGCCUUGGUGUGCCCGUCGCAUACCCAUCCAUAGCUUGGUCGCCCCAGGAGCGGCUCGGGAAAAAAGAAGCACGACCGACCCCCCCCCGUGGCGGCUACCUUGGCGGGCGGCGGCGGCGGAGGCAGCAGCACAUUGACUUCCUACUACUACUAGGAGGAUGA